CCAAGGAGCGCACAGCCCGUCCGUCAUUGCACACUGCUACAAAAAUAUGACCCCGAGAAGAGUGAAUCUUGCGCUUCAACACUUAGGACAACACACCGAAUAAUUCCAACAGAAAUCACAGAACACCUCCGAGUCUCAACUAUUCAAUUUCUCUGUCUCUUGUUCCCCCCUUCUCUCUGCGCUGGAUCUUUCGAGCCAAGAAAUGUGUGUGGAGAGCGAUGGAUGCGAGAUUGAAGGCUGCAGCACUUUGGAUGAGGUGCGCACGCUGUCCGGUAGCAUGAGCCCCGCGUUGAAAUCCAACCCGGACCUCCACCCGUGCAAGCCGGGGCACAAAUUCCGAGCCGCGCUGCUCAAAUGCCGCUCACCGGCUGCUGCCGCCGGGAUCCUCACUUUUGGGAACGUCCUCAAUUACAUGGAUAGAUACACCGUAGUGGGUGUUCUGCAAGACAUCCAGCGGCAUUACGGAGUAUCAGACAGUGGAAUCGGCUUGUUGCAAACAGUCUUCAUCUGCAGCUUCAUGGUAGCGGCUCCCAUCUUCGGUUACCUGGGAGACCGCUUCAACAGAAAGGUCAUCCUGAGCUGUGGCAUUUUCUUCUGGUCCAUUGUUACUCUGUCCAGCUCCUUCAUCAGCAUAGAGUACUACUGGCUGUUUGUGCUCUCCAGAGGCCUGGUGGGUAUUGGAGAGUCCAGCUACUCCUCCAUCUCUCCCACCAUCAUAGGAGACCUGUUCAAUAACAACAGCCGCACCAUGAUGCUCUCUGUCUUCUACCUGGCCAUCCCACUGGGAAGUGGGUUGGGCUACAUCCUGGGCUCCAGUGCCAAGGUGGCUGCAGGAGACUGGCACUGGGCACUGAGGGUGUCCCCAGCUUUAGGGAUCAUGGCAGGAACCCUCAUCCUGCUCUUCGUGCCCGAGCCAAAGAGAGGCGCCCCUGACCAGAUGGGAUACAUCAAGACCCGCACCUCCUGGCUCUGUGACAUGAAGGCACUCGCCAAGAAUCGGAGCUACGUGUUCUCCUCCCUGGCAUCCUCCUCGGUGUCCUUUGCCACUGGUGCGUUUGGUAUGUGGAUCCCUGUGUACCUGGCCAGAGCUCAGGUGGUCCAGAAGACGGCAGAGCCCUGUACCACUAAGGAGAUUUGCAGCAGCACAGACAGCUUCAUCUUCGGGGCGAUCACCUGUGUGACGGGUCUGCUGGGCGUGGUCAUCGGGGCGGUCACCACGCGCCUGUGCCGCCAGAAGACAGAGCGAGCCGACCCGCUGGUGUGCGCUGUCAGCAUGCUGGGCUCGGCCAUCUUUAUCUGCCUUAUCUUCGUGGUGGCCAAGAAGAGCAUUAUAGGAGCCUAUGUCUGCAUCUUCAUAGGAGAGACGCUGCUUUUCCUAAACUGGGCCAUUACGGCGGACAUUUUAAUGUUUGUCGUCAUCCCCACGAGGAGAGCAACGGCGGUCGCCUUUCAGAGCUUCACCUCGCAUCUCCUGGGUGACGCAGGAAGUCCGUACCUGAUAGGCCUGAUUUCGGACGGCCUUCAGCAGAGCUACGCUACAUCAGCGCUUUGGCGGUUCCUCAGUCUAGGCUAUGCCCUCAUGCUCUGUCCCUUCAUCAUCGUCCUGGGGGGCAUGUUUUUCCUGGCCACUGCACUGUUUUUCCUGGAUGACAGGGAGAAGGCCGACAAACAGUUGAGCCAGAUGACGAGACAACCCUCCACAGUCAAGGUAUGACCAGGUGACUGCCAUAUGAGGAGCAACCAAGGAUGACAAAAUGGAGAUAACGCGAGGGGAGCUGAUCCACUUCUUUAAUUCACCUCCAUCUUCUCUUCACCGCCUCCAUAAUCAUCCUCCUCCUCCUAUUGGCUCCUGCUGCUCUACCUUUUCCCCACAGAGGCUGCUCAGAACUGGAACAAGGGAGCGUCUUGCCCCUCCUUGAAACGCCUCUAAAUCACAGGUCGGUGAGACGACGCACAGCGAUGCGCUAAAGCCGGCACCCGACAGCUGGUGUCCUCCUCACCUCUGCGAGGAUCCACUGAACCUUCCAGGGAGGAGGUGGGGUGGCGUAUCUCCCUCAGUGACCCCUCCGACUCCCGAUGCCAUACUACUGAAUGCUGACCAUGAACCUGCCCUGUCUCUCUCUCUUUGUAACUGUCUGUCUCAUCGGCUGUCAAUCUGCACCAAGUGCCAUAGCGUCAUACAUUCCUUCAGACAUUGCACUGACCACCAACAACCCUCAUGACUUCAUCACUGACUAUGUUUACAUGCACACUAUAAUUAAGUAGCCGUUUUUAUUUGCUAGACAGUAGAAGCAGUUGUUUACUGCUGUCAUAAAGCUCCAUUGGUGUCUCCUCUGCUCAAAUACAAAUAAUCAACACUUAAUUCUGCCCAUUGCUCGGAGCCUGUAAACACAGAAGCUUUCAAAUUUAAAUUAUUUAAAGAAGCUGCAAGAUAAUAAUUCUCAAAUGGAUUUUCAACCGAUCAAAAGAGCUCCAAAAGUCAGAUCAUUCUGCACAUCUUCAUGGCAGUAUUACCAACAUAAACUACCGUGUUUACACGAUAAAUGCAGUAUUCUCAUAAUCGAUCAAAAUCAUAGCUGUGCAUGUAAAUAUAGCAGUCACACCCAGAGCCAAAAACUGUCUAAAGGUCAGUGAAUCAGCCUUAAAAAUUGGAGCGUUCCUAUCAGCAGCUGUUUCCUUUGACCCCUACAUGUGUUUUUAUUUUUAGCACUUACAUCAGAGUAGACGGUGCCAGACGUACCACCGGUGCCAGAGAUGACAGAUUUCUGCACAUCUUUUUUUUCACAAGUUUUCUUGUGAUUUUUAUUUUUCCUGUGUGAUGUUGGAUUUGAAACUGGAGGUUACUGCCUAUGAUUGUUUCAGAAGGACCAUGAUGCAAUCGUGGCGAUUAAACAGACACUGGACUCUAUAUUUUAUAAUUUAUAAUGUACAUGCUUUUCCCAAAAGUAAAUGAAAUGCUACUCGUUUGACUUUUAAGGAGAAACACAGAUGUGUUUUUAUGUGUGCAUUAGAAGCAAUACAAACCUUUUUUGAAGGAGCCAACCUUUUAUCCACACUGCCUUAUCAGUGAGCUUGGUUUUCUCUUUAAAGAGAGCUCUCUGAUGGUUGGUUUUGAAUUUCUGGACACAUCACCCACACAGAGACGGAGUGGCUUUUAAUGAUGGAUUCCAGUCCAAUCUACCCUGGUUACAAUACCAAGCAUUGUGGAAAGAGACCUUUCCCCCUCGCAAUUGUAGAUAUCCCAUUCCACGAUCAAAAGAAAGGACCUUUGAGAAGAGCUGGAGCCACGGUCAUCAAAUUAUUACUGAGAGACAUAAAAAUCCCAGACAGGAAGAUGAAAUCCUUCAGGCCCAGGUUAGACUGAUGGCGAGCUCUUAUCGUAGAUAGCGGAUAAGAAAGGAAUCCCCUAUGAAACCAGACCAUCAUGUCCUCAGCUAUGUCAAUGCAGAAGGUGAAAACAGAGUCAACUUGAAUACCUGCACCAGCAACAUGUUCUCACUCCCAACUCGUCAAAUACAGCAGCUCUGUUAGGGCCCAUGGCGACACUUUUUAACGCACUGGCCUACUAGACCUUUAGCAUAAUUGUUCAACAUGCAGGGUACUCCAAGAGAGUAGAGAGUCUGUCAUUAAGUACCGUUAGGUUUCAGUAGUUUAAAUUAUGUUUAGAUAAAUUCAGUUUUGUUGGAAUAAAUUGCGCUCCAUUGCAUUGCGUUGCGUUGCAUUACGCUACCAAAUGCUACGUUAUGCAACGAUACGUUGGCCUUUGCUACAUUACGUUAAUUAUUGAGUGCGUUACAUUAGAUUACCUUACGUUAUGUGAGUAAAUUCAUUGAAUUAUGUUGCGUUACUACUUGCGUGCGUGAUGGCAGUUGAGUCCAUUUGUUAACUUUAAUUAAGUUAACAUUAAUUUCACAAGGAACACAAACCGCUAACUCCUGAAAGUCUUAAGUUGACCGUCCAGCCUUACCCUCUCAAAACUUUAUUUUGCUAUAUAGGCCUACUGUACUUAACAUCCCCCUCUAAAUCCGUCAUUAUAACCAUGGCCAAUAGAGGCAGCCCUGCAUCUGUAAAAACGAGGCUUGAAGGAUCCGUAGUACCACUGGCAGGCUGCCCUAUUUGACAAGUAUAGGGAGUGAGAAUGACAUCUUAUGACAUAAGAAUCAGUACACAAUCGAUAGAAUUUAGUUUUCAUCCCUGAUUAAUUACACUAUUUGCAUCAUAUUUGUAAUAAUGCGAGUUUAAUGCUAAACAUUACAAAGGAGAAACAUUUCUGCUAUUGUUAGUUGCUUGUAUAUACAAAGAUGUAGGCAGAAGGCUCAUUAGAAGCUACCCUGAAGAAUCAUUUUGUUGUUCAUUACCUGGUGGAUACAAUUUAAUAGAAACCUUGAAGCCACUAAUGGAGUCAAAGGUUUUAAAACUGGCGCAUAAAGGGAAGAAAAAAGCACUUUGCAGACGUCCAAGAAAAACACAGAAGGAAGAGGAUGGAAUGACCUUAGCGGAGGAAUAAAAGGGAAACGUUGAGGUGUUUUGUGUAGCAUUGAUGUGUGAGCAUGACUCACCGGCUGUGUGCGGGGUGCUGUGUGGGCUGUGUCCUUGUUGCCAGAUCAUUAGCUUUAGCUUCUCUCCAACUGUGUGGAGCUUUCUGAAUGUGAUUCUGUCCAACCUUCCUAAUGAACUAAGCUUCUUACCUUCCUUUUGUUGAUUUUUUGUUAAUGUUACCAAAUUAGUUUUUCUUUUUAAAUAACUACAAUAGAGAUAUAUAUCACGCAGCAACUUUAAUAUAUUGUAAAUGAUGGCUUGGAUGCAAUGUAUUUAUUUGUUUGUUACCAUAAUGAAGAAUAAUCUAUAAAGGGAAUUUAAGGUUUGAGUAUAUUACACGUUGUAUGUCAUUGGGUUUAGAAAUGCCUGUUUGUUCAUCCUUUUGUAUCACAAUGAAACAACACAAUACCUUUUUACAUCACUAAGAUUCCUCCUGUUUACUGUGAUCAUGAAUUGGACAUCUCAUGCAUAUUACACACAAAAGGAACUGCGAUGUGAUGCAUUUAGGACAACAUAUCGGUCUCAUGUUUAGGGUGCAAUACUUUUUUGCAUUCAUUUUUGUAUCUCUUGUAAAUGUUUUCAACUGAUCAUCCAUUUUGCACACUUAAUGUUCAGGGAUUUAUUUGAACCAUAGCCUAGCAUCAACUCCACGGCCUCUAACACAGGUCUGUCUCUUCAUGCUCACAGUACAGCUAGUACUGACAUAUCGUCAUCAUGAGAAGGGACGUUGGCUCUGGUCAGAUGGGUCAUGAAUUGAGUUUCACUUUGCCAAAUUUUAGUUCAGUUAGCACCAAUCCUUUAGGAGUAUAAGUCCGUUUUAUUGAGUAAUUCUAUGUUAAUAAUCACUGAAGUGAUGUAUUGAGAAUGUGCUAUUUCUUGUCAUACAAGAAUCGUGUAUAAAGAAACCUAUUUCUGAUAUUGAGCAGAAAACAGAGGUUAUUUUUUAUUUUUAGAGCAAGUCAUUACAAGGGAUGUGUAGAAAAAUCAAAGGAUAUUAUUCUAGAACUGAACUGUGAGGCUCCCUCGGGGGGUUGAUAGAAAAUGUAUAUGUCUGUAAAUCAAAUAAACCUAUUUAAUCACUUCAUA